AUGAUGAACGCACAACAGUGGGUCUCAAAAAUUGAGAGCUCUCUUCCGUACUCUGCGAAUGUCUUUCUUUACAUCAACAAUAAGAAACUGAUCGAGACAGAUUUUGCAGGAGAUCGGGAUCUUUUGUCUUUGGUUGCUCGUGAAUUAUUAGACGCCAACAAAACACCAAAAAUUAGACAUCAACGAUUGGGUGUAUGGUUGAGCAUUGCGUAUGGUAUCCAUAAAGACUUGCUGAUCAAGUUGCUGCUCUCUCCCUGUGCUACUCUUUCCAAGUUGAUCGCCUCUCAUAUUCAUACGAUAUUGGAUGAAAAUGAAAUAUUGGAUUUGUUUGAUCAUGAAGAGAAAUUUAUGGAAAUGAAUGAACGUACAAGAUUGAAUAUCGAGAGGUGUAUUCGUAAGAAUUGUAAAGGUCUUAUUGUAAGACUUGUAAAGAAAUUAAUGAAUCGGGUUCAACCACGAGAAUGUGUUCAUUUGUUAGCUCAUCUUCCAUCCUUCACUCCGGAUCAAGAUUUACUCAAAGAAUUGCAACCCAUGAGAGUGCAAACUAGUGUAUUGGUGAGAAAACAUCCCAAUGUAGUGGUCAAGCUAUUGAGAGGCUAUUUGGAUGAGGUCGUGAAUGCUUCUCCUAAGAAUUUGAGAACCAAACGAGCGAGCAGUCUUCUUGGCACUCAUUCAUUCCUAUUCUCUCAAUUGAUCAAGUAUCGUUCUGAGGAGGCAUGGAACAUUGUGAAUGAGUAUUUGAUUGAGCCAAGUGUACAAGAACAGCUUCCACCUUUGGAUGGCUCUUCUUACUUGCAAGAACCUACUUUUUACAAACUUCCAUCAUUUACAGAAACUUUUGUAAGAUGCAUUCCAUUGUUUACGAAUCCACCAGUGUUACAUUGCAACAAGUGGAAUAGGAUGACAGCCAAUCAGAUUGCAAGAAUUGGCUGUUCUAUUAUUGAACACUUCAAAUUUGAGCCCUCUCAACAUGCCCAAUCAUUCAUUGCCGAUUUCUUUGAAGUGAAUUCCAAUAAGCAAUUUCGAAAACGACGACUUGUAUUUGAAAAGAUGUUCUCAAAUGGAUUAUCCAAAGAAAAGCUUGCUUAUUGGAUUUACGCGAAUUGUGAGAAUGAAAAAACUCCUCCAGAGUAUCUCGCCAAUUAUCCUCCUGAAAUUUCGAGUCAAGUCUCGAAAAAGAUGUACGAAAUUAGAAAAACUCAAACCUUUCAAAAUGCAAGUGAAGAAUCAGUGCAUUGGAAGUAUUUUUAUGAUCUAAAUGAUGAGACAUUGUACAAACAAUUCAAAUCUGUCACUUCCAGUCCACAACCUGCAGAAAGAUCACAGGUCAUUCAAGAUUUACUGUUUUGCGCCUUGUACUCUGGCGUGAAGGUGAAGGAAACACUCGAAUGGUUGGAGACGAGACUCAAGAAUGAUGAUGAUACAUGUCAAAAUCUACUUUUUGUUAUGAAUUAUUCCAACGUUCUCAAUCAAUUAGUAGUUCAAGCAUUUAGAGACAAAGAAUGCAUCCAGAAUUUCAUCUCAAUUUUUGAAAAUAGUGUAACAAGAAAACCGAAUCUUGCUGGAAGUGUGCAAAGAUUUUACUCAACCCUCGUCAACCAAUUGGCGUAUGAUAUUGAGGUUGUGAAACCAGUCGUAGAGAGCAGCUUUUUGAAAUCAAUAUUUAAAGAUGCAACCGUUAUCUUUAGUACCCUCUUAAAACCAGAAAUUCACAAAACUUUAUGGAAUGUCAUUUUACCGUCAGUCAAGAAUCAGAUCACAACGUCUGGUGACGUCGAAGCAUUUAGCUCCUUUAUAACCAACGUGGUUUCUCUAAAGAAACAAGAACACGUAAAGAAGGCAUUCUCCACAUUUUUCGAUGAAUGGUUCCAUGAAUGUGUGAAAAACAUUUCGCACUUUCAUAGGUUGGAGGAUUUGAUAGAUAUUUACAUUUUCAAGCUCGAUCCUAGCCCUUCAACAAUCACCUCCAAAGUUCAACACUUGCUUAACGUGGACAGCAGAUUAAUAAGUAUCAGCGCCAUUCAGAGAGCCUUGUUAGGAAGAAACACUCACUUUGAGACCAAUUUCCUUUACCAAUACCUUAGAGAUCACGCCAUGAGUGUAGAAGAAUUUGAAAAUUUAACACCAUUUUCUUCACAGACGGUAAUGACUGUUUUCUCUGAAUCUUGCAUUACAUUCCAUCCAAUUGUACUGAAUGGCUUAAGACUUUAUGAAUAUUCAACAAGGGAAGUCACACAUCGAUUGUUAAGCACAUUUAAGGAUCUAUUAAGAAAGGUGGUGAAAACAUCAGAAAUUGAAAACAUUUACCAUCGACACUAUCUUUCUCAGAUUUCUCUAGUGAAGAAAACAAUCAAAAUGUUACGACACUUAUGCGUUGAACAAGAUGAGAUGGACGAUUUUUCUCAAUUCCUGCAAGAUCACAUCUUGAAAAGAGACAAAUAUGAACAAACUAAUGAGGACGAGACAGAAAUAUCCAAUCUUGAAGACAAUGCUGCGCGCUGCCUGGCAGAAUUAGUAAGAGUCUAUUCACAAGACCCAACACAAUAUUUUGAUUGGAUUCUUGAAAACAUCAGCUCAGAAAACGUUCUCUAUUAUUCUUCAUCUCUUUAUAGAAUAUCUACAUUCAUGAAUGCACAACCGUUCAUACAGAAAUACUGUGUCAUGUUGAAAGAAAAAUUCGACUCACUGUCACAGUCUUCUUCACAACAAGCUCCAAAGAACUUUUCAAUUUCCAUUCAAAAAUUAUUCAUUUCUCUAUUGAAGAAUUAUAUUGAAUAUCCUGUGAAACAUCCAAUCAUGGACUCUAUUUCGAAUUUAUUGAUUUAUUUAUGGGAGAAAAAUCUUCACAAGGAUGUACAAGUGAAACUCGUAGAAACAGCACUCAAGGCAACAAAAUAUUGCCAAACACAAGAUUUAUUCAAUACAUUCAAAAAGAUCUUCCAAGAUGCCCUCUCUCACAAGUAUUCUGAAGUUGUGACUCAUCAAGUAUCCUAUUCCAGAUCAAACAAUUUACAAGUUGCCCGUGAUCUCUUCACUCUCAAUUUGAAUGCUCUCAACCACACAGAUGCAGCCAUUCAGACCAAAGUAUGGGCUCUCACAUCCAAUGCAGUUUCAGCAUUUGAUGUCUCUGCCAUUACACCAACGUUCCAUCCAUUUGAUGUGUUUCAAAAUUAUAUCAUUUCUGCUGCAUUAACUUUCAAUAUGGCUCAAAAACACGACAUUUCCAACACUGCCAUCGAUGUGUUGCUCAAUGAACUUGAUGGUAACAAUCCAGGAGAUAUUUGUCAAAUACUAUUUGAGAAGAUUAUUACACCUUUAAUGACAGAGGAACAAUUCCAAGUAUUGGAUCGUGAAACCUACAAUGCAACCACUCCCGUGUGGGAUAGACCUGUCUCUCAGCGUGUGCAACAUUUGGCACAUUCCAUUGCUCAUCGUCUGGCUAGCAAAUUUGAUGCGAUUCAUCCUGACACUUUAAAAGAUAUUCAAAACAAACUCGUCUUGCCAUGGAUUGAACUCUGUAAGAAGAGUCCCUUUGUAGAGAAUCGAAUUCCAUAUGUUUCUUUAAUUUCCAGUGCCACUAAUUGGAAGAGCAAAGAUUCCGUUAUUGAAAAUUGCGUAAAACGUGUCGUUGAUUAUUUGAAGGAUGUGAAAGAGCCACUUCGUUCAGUGUAUCUUGUUCAAAUUGCCUCAAAUGUUUCAACUUGCAUUUUCCAUGAUGAGAUGGAAAUGUUCUCACAAACAAUGACUAUUCUUGAAGCUAUUGGUGAUGUGAUUGAGAAUGAAAUACAUUAUAGUGAUGAAGAAGUUUUAAUGGCGAGUGGAAUUCUCGUAACGUUGAGUCCCAAUGAUCGUACACGGGACUUGUUGAGAAAGGUGAGAAGAAAGCAGAAUGCCCUUAUUAAGAUUUUGGUUCUCUAA